AGCAAAUGUCUUUGAAAAUGUAGUGAUUUCAUCAGCUUGCACGUGAAAAAUUACCCUGCAAAAUCUGUGCGUGCCGCAUAUAUGCCGUAUAAUCACUGUUAUCGAAACUCCAUUCACUGCACAGAAGCUGCUUGAACGCGAUCCCGUUUUGACGCGCGCGUAGUUAGAAUUAGCAAAACUACAUCGUUCAGUUCGUAGAUUAUGUAUUGCGCAAUCAACGUUUAAUAUCUUUCAUAGAAUAAAUAUUUCGUAAUGUCGAACAAAUCUAAUAACAAACCUACCGUAAUCGACCUGACCGAGAAGAAACAAAUUCAACGAGAUUCAAUAAUUGAAGAUGUACCAAACGAGAAAAUUGCGGAUUUCGAAACGGCGAUUACUGUCGCCGGCACCGGGAAGUUUCAAUAUCUCCUCAUUCUUGCGAUUAUCCCGGCCUCUUGGGCAUCGAGUAUAGAUACGGCUAACAUGUCAAUGAUACUCGCCUCGGCAGAAUGCGAUUUAGGAUUGUCAUUAUUCGACAAAGGACUUUUGAAUGCUAUUAUUUAUGUGGGUAUGGUGUUAAGUGGUUUCAUAUGGGGAUUCCUCGCUGAUGUCACAGGCAGAAAGAAGAUUAUAUUAUACGGUUAUAUGGCGGAUGGUAUCUGCAAUGUGCUUACAGGAUUUUCACAGAACUUCGAGACGCUUGUAUUCUUCAAAUUUGUCAGUGGUCUCAUCGUAUGCGGUCCAUAUGCUACGCUUAUGGCAUACUGCUCGGAAUUUUAUGGCGCCAGCGGUAGAACAAAAAUACCAAUAGUCGUUGGCUUCUCGGUUUCAUUCGGAUGUGUAAUAAAUGCAGCGUUGGCCUGGCUAGUCGUUCCUCAGCCGUGGUCGAUUGUUCUUUGGGACGGUGCUUUUGUCUAUAAUUCCUGGAGAAUUUAUUUAUCUCUCUGUGGAGUGUCGACAUUGAUAGGUGUCAUUUGUCUCUCUUUUUUUCCGGAGAGUCCCAAGUUUUUGAUGACACAGAAUCGUAAUGAAGACGCCCUCGAAGUUUUCAAACAUAUUUACAGUGUGAACACUGGUCUGCCUAAGGAUAAUUAUCCUAUACGCGCUUUAAACGAUGUAGAUUUAAACACUACAACUGUAAAACAAUCAAGUCGAAAUGAUAUGAAAUCAAGCUUGAAGAGCGGAAUUCAACAGAUGAAACCCAUAUUUUUAAAACCAUAUUUGUCGCUUAUUAUAUUAAUUGUUGGCUUGCAAUUUGGUGGAAUGUUGAGUUUCAAUACUCUUCGCCUCUGGCAGCCACAACUCUUUGCGACGAUAGAAAAUUUUUACAGUCUUGAUAUGAACAUAACUAAUCCUACUUUUUGCGAAAUACUGGAUAUUUCAACGUCUAUGAACGCAAAUAAAACAAUUGCACUGGAAGAAAUAUCAAAUUGCGAAAGCAUUAUUGUACCUGAGUCAAUGUAUCGCGACACUGUUAUUGUAGCGGCCACUUCUAGUUUUUUCAUAUUGAGUGCCAGUGUCUUUGUUAAUUUUCUUCAACACAAAUAUAUAUUACUUAUCGGCUAUGGAUGCGCGCUUCUCUGUCUAAUAGCUUUAAUCUGGUCUUCAAAUAUGUUAACCACUCUUGUACUUACGUGCUUGUUCUGUGGGUUAUUGAGCAAAUCUUUCAACGUUGUUGUCGGCGCAACUGUUUUACUUUUUCCUACAUCUCUGAGAGCCAUGGCUGUGAGCGUACAAAUGAUAAUAGGAAGAAUAGGAGCCUUAUCUGGUAAUCUCCUAUUCCCUGUUUUACUUGGAUAUGGCUGUGUAGCACCGAUGAUUAAUCUGGCAUGCUUCACUUUGCUGUGCAUGGUUCUUCUUACGUGUCUUCUACCAAGUACACGCAAGCACGCGGUGUAAGCUACGCUGAUGCUGCGAAAGGGAUUUAAGCAGACGACAAGUUUCACUUCUCUUACGAUCAUCUCUAUCUUUGAGGAUCCACGAUCGUUUAGCAGAGCCGAACUGGAGCCGAGAUUCCAAGGACCUGAAUCGAAGCUUAUCGCGAGCUAUGAUCGAGCCCGUAUGAGGGCGGACAAUGGCCAUGCAUAUACAUGCACCACACAACGAAAGACUGCAUGAGACCUUGAGUUUCACUUUCGACACAUCCUGGAGAGCCCUCCAGCCUUCACCCACAUGCUCAUCCCCCUCUAUCCCGCGUCUUCUCCUCGUAUGUGGACGCAGCCUUAUCAAAGAUCUGAGGAUCUCGCCACCUUCGGCGAUCGGUGCAAUAAAAUGUACCGGCCUAAGUGAAUUUGCACGACCGUGAGCCGUCGCCUCGAAAAAAAUCGGAGGAAAACGUGCGAACGUAACGAGAAUUCUUUACGCCUGUAUUUAAUGAUGUAUUGUUAAAUGAUGUAUUGUUAUGUUCUGUCUCCGAUUGUUGAUGAUUAAGUCCAUGGCAAAAAUAUGCAAGAUAUGCCUUAAAUGCUUUUGAACAUGCAAUACGUGAAUUAGAAGAAGAAUCACGAAGCGCAUCGCACGUUACAUAGCUAUUUCAUGAUAUUUAACUUAUAUAAACAUAAUGUGUGAACAACUUCCAUUUUAUAAUCAAACGGGUGAUUUUCAAAAAUUAGCGCGUAAUGAGUUAGCAAUUACAAAAUUUGUAAAUUGCUCACGUUCUUCAUUUUGUAUGGCGAAAAACUGUGAUAGAAUUUAUAAAAAUCAUUAUUUUCAGACGAAAAAAUAUGUAUAUAUUGAUGAUGUGCGCGUCAUAUCUGUUCAUUUUAUAGCGUACAAAUUUUAGUACUAAGAAUGAUUAUAACAUAAAUAAUAUCCAAUCGUAGAUUAUUUAAAUAAAAUACAAUACAAUUAAUAUAUUUAUAUUAUGAAUGCAAAUUGAAAUAACUUGUUACAUAAGUAUAUUACAUAUGUACACGUAACAAAGAAAUAUAUAAUUAUUCU